UCUCGUUGUGUUUAUGAACACAUGUGUAGCUUGAGUUCUCGCGAGAUGUGAGCGCAGCGCCCCCUCGGUGACGUGAGGAACAGCGCCGGGACGUGAUGAGGACUCCUCCGUGGCUAACGAUAGCAAGGUACACAAAUAAGGAUUUAAUUCACUUCCGCAGUCCGCUGCCACUCUGGGGGUCCACCAGGAGCCGCAGGAGGACAUAGACCCGGCCUCCCCCCCCCUCUCUCUCCUCUCCUCUCAGAUCCCGUCUCGGCUCGCAGCGACCCGCAGCGCGUCUCCGCGGAGGAGGAGGAGGGGGUGCGGCCUGCUGCUCUCGCCGCCUCCCGGUGCGUGUCGGGCGGGCAGCGCUGUAACUCGAGGCCGAGGCUUCUGGAUCUCUUUGGGUGUGACGUCACGGCGGACCGGAGAUGAACCCGGUGAACGCGACCUCUCUCUACGUGUCUGCCAGCCGCUGCGUGCUGCAGUGCGACCCGCGGGACCCCCGGGGCCUCGCAGAGCUCUGCAGGCUGCUGCCCUUCUUCAGACGGGCCCUGGCCUGCCUGGUCUGCGGUAACCUGCUGCAGGACCCCAUCGCCCCCACCGACUCGUCAUGCCAGCACUACGUCUGCCGGGGCUGUAAGGGUCAGAGGAUGCAGCUGAAGCCGUCCUGCAGUUGGUGUAAGGACUAUUCCCGCUUUGAGGAAAACCGGCAGCUCUCGUUGCUCGUCCACUGCUACAGGAAGCUGUGUCUCUACAUCACCCAGUCGCCGCUCGCCGUGCACAUAGCCAGCGCCGCCAGCGACUCGCCGGACCUCCAGGCCGUCCUCAACGAGGGCCUCACGCUGGCCGAGAGCGAGCCAGAGGCCGAGGAUGCUUCGGACUCGGUCUGCCUGUCGCAGACGGCCUCCACCUCCGACGUGGUCCACCUGGACGAAGCUCCGCCCACCAAGGAGCUCAAGGUGGAGGAGCCGAGCCCCGUCGGCAUAAACGGGCUGCACGAUUGUAACGGCCUGGUCAGCUCGGACGCUCUGCAGCACAUCACCAUAGAAACAGGCGGAGGUGUCGCCAAGCAGGAGAGCUCGGAGGAGAUCCCCGUGUGUGUGAGCGUGACGGGGACGGGGGAGGCGGGGCUUUGUGACAUCAGCUCUUUCGGGGAUGACUUGAAACACGGCGGGGGCCCGUUGUUGUUGAGCGUGGAGGAGGUGCUCCGGACUCUGGAGACGGACGCCGACCCCGACCCCACCCCCACCCCCCCCCAGCUCAACGGACCUCACUGCCCGCCUCUCCCAGACUCCUCCCGCCUCUUCCCCUCUCCCCCGGGGAACAGCCCUCGCCCCCUCCAACCUCACCCGCAGCCCUCGCCGCAGCCCCCCCCCAGCCCUCCACGGCCGUCCCCCACCCCCCCUCGGUACCACCGCAAGCGCUCCCGCUCGGAAAGCGACAGCGAGAAGCUGCAGCCCCUCCCCAUCUCCACCCUCCUGUGCGGGCCUCCCCGCGGUGCCAACAUCCCCCACCACCCAAACCCCGCUGCCACCACCAAGCAGGAGCCCAAGUUCCCUUCAGCCACGCCCCACCCCCACCCUCACCCUCACCCUCACCCUCACCCCCACCCCCCCCCCCCCCACCUGGCCCCGGUGCCCAACGGCGGCCCCCAGGUGGGCAAGACUGUGCUCGUCUCCAACAAGGCGCUGAAAAAGACUGUGGAGCACCACGGGGGCCCCAAGAAGGCUUACACCAAGGCCCGGCAAGGGACCCCCAAGCCCCGCACACAACCCCGUGACAGAGUGCCCCCACACCCCCAUGCUCACCCACUGACUCACCCGCCCAGCCCCUCGAAGCCACUGUAUAAGAAGCCCGUGGAGAAGAAGGGCUGCAAGUGCGGCCGAGCCACACAGAACCCGUCGGUGUUGACCUGCAGGGGGCAGCGCUGCCCCUGUUACUCCAACCGCAAGGCGUGUCUCGACUGUAUCUGCCGCGGCUGCCAGAACUCCUACAUGGCCAACGGCGAGAAGAAGCUGGAGGCCUUCGCCGUGCCGGAGAAAGCCCUGGAACAGACGCGCCUCACGCUGGGCAUCAACCUCACCAGUAUCGCCGCGGCCGCCCUCCGUGGCCCGGCCACCAGCUCCCCCGGCAGCACCCUCCUCAACGUCACCACGGCUACGGGGGCGCCCGUCACCGCCACCUUCCUGUCGGGGGCGGGGCACGACGGCAGGGGCUUUGACGACUCACUGGAGAUGCGCUUCGACUGCUGAGGUCAUUGACGCACAUUCCCCCACCCAGCUGGGCGUUCUCCAGCUGGGCGUUUGUUCUCCAGCUGGGCGUGUGGCGGCGGCGGCGGCGGCGGCGGCGGCGGAGCCAGAACAAGGCAGCUACAGUGACGGGCGACAGCGAGGGCCACCAGCUGACCUGCUGAGGAGUCGCCCUCCGCCCGUCACCCCGAAAACUGCGACGACUUGAUGUCGUGCAUUCAGAUACAGUGUGGAAGAAAAAGAAGAGCGAGGAGAUGUAGCGUUACCGUUCAGGAGGGAACGUUUCUUUUCUUUGUGUUCUUCUCUACUAUGGGUCAUGUGUAGAGCAUGUUGUGUAGCUACGGUGAGUGUGUGUGUGUGUGUGUGUGUGUGUGUGUGUGAGCAUGAGAGUGUGUAUGUGUGAGGGGAAGGCUUCGGUUUGCAGGAACGGACACAUCAUCAUCAUCAUCAUCAUCAAAGACUGGUGUAAUUUAUAUGAGAAGAACUUUUUGUACAUGGACGUAUCAGUUUCCAUUUGAGAGACAUUUUAUGAUAUAUUUUAUAAGUUACAUUAAAAAACAAAU